CAGCUUAGCCCUACAGUCAUGAAUAGUUGGAAAAACCCCAAGGCCCGUCAUAAAUCAAUCAAUCAGUCAAAAUGUAGAUUUCAAGGGAGAUGUGAUCCUCGAGAUCGUCCCUGAGAUGUCAGUCCUCACAGAGAAAGACCAAACCAAUAUAAAGAUUGUUAUUAACGACUUGUACAUUUCACUGGAUAAUAAAGCCAGUAUAUCUGACAUCCUCACCAGCUGAGCUAGUUGUAUGUCACACAUGAGCCAGAAUGCAGAUGUGUAUUGCAUACAGAACACAGGCGUACAUAUCCCGAAAUGUACUUGAUUGACUGGGAUAGGAUCCUGGGUCAGUAUUAACAUGCAAUCAGAAAGCGAAUCUCCUCCUGGCGAAAUGGACAACACCGAUAAUGACGAUGAGAAAAACAGCCCGAAAGACAAAGACUAUUUUGACCACAAGGAUCACAUCAUCAUGACAUCAUCGUACGAGCGUUUCAGCAAUGAUGCUGAGAAUUCCGACAAAGUCUCCGUCAACAUGGAAAAUGGUGACAGUGAGAAGAACUUGGAAGAUGCCCAUAUACAGAUCCACAAGGCCGACCAGAUCAGUGGAGAGUUCAAGGUCUAUGAGCAGACAGACCAACGACCAGACCAGUUUAUCGAAGACCCUGCAGGAAACCCUUUUGCUCCCAAGGGACCUCUGGAAUCUUUACAAUUCCAAGUGAAGAAAGUGGUGGAGCAUAUAGCAUUCCGAGCCGUCACUGUGCUGCUAAUUAUACUCGACUUUAGCCUGGUGAUUGUAGAUCUGACUAGGGACACAUGUGCCAGCGUCGACAGUGGUAUGGAAAUAGUAUCUCACAUAAUUAUCACGCUGUUCGUUGUGGAAGUGUCUGCAAGAAUCUUUUAUCAAGGGAAGGAAUUCUUUUACAAUGUGUGGGACGUGCUAGAUAUGGUUAUUGUGUUCGUGUCAUUCAUCAUUGACAUGGUCUUCAUUGGGAUCGAGUCCGACCAGUCCUGCACAGAAUCCAACCAUGUGGACUAUGCAAAACUCGUGGUGAUUGGUCGAGUUUUCCGAAUCAUUCGAAUUGCGAGGAUAAUCUAUUUCAUGGUCGUGCAACAUCGACAAGUUACUAGGGCAACACGUCAUGUGGUAUCACAAAACAAGCGACGAUACCAGAAGGAUGGUUUUGACCUUGACCUUUGCUAUAUUACAGAGAGGGUAAUCGCCAUGUCCUUCCCCUCCAAAGGAAUGAUGGCGUUCUACAGAAAUCCAAUCAGGGAAGUUGCCAGGUUUUUCAACACAAAGCAUUCAGGACAUUACAGAAUCUAUAAUUUAUGCAGUGAGCGAGACUAUGAUGAGACGUUAUUUUAUAACAAUGUGCGGCGUGUUUUCAUCGACGAUCACAAUGUGCCAAAACUUUCUGAUAUGUUGAAAUUUGCUGAUGACGUUCGUGAAUGGAUGGCAUCUGAUAGUCGCAACGUCAUCGCAAUUCAUUGCAAGGGGGGCAAGGGUCGGACUGGGACGAUGAUUUGUACAUGGCUGAUUGACUGUGGCUUGUUUGAAGAGGCAGAGGAGAGUCUCAACUACUUCGGUGAUCGCCGGACGGACCUGAGUGUGGGGAAGGCCUUCCAGGGCGUGGAGACCCCGAGUCAGAGUCGCUAUGUUGGGUACUAUGAGAAGAUAAAGAAUGACAACCGACAACUACCUCCAAAGAAAUAUAUGAAAAUCACAUCCCUCAAAAUAGAAGCAAUCCGAGGUGUGGGUGAUGGAGAUGGCAGUGACCUGUCCAUGGACAUCCGGGCUGAUGGGCUGCUCAUCUUUGAGUGUUUUGUCGCUACAGGUGUCAACUGUCAGCUGAUGAAGUACACGGACAGCGACAGCAUCGUCAUUAACCUGAAGAACAGUCCCCGACUGGAGGGAGACAUCAAGGUCAUGUUCCACUCCACAAAUGUGCGUCUUCCCAAGGGCUAUGACAAGUGCCCGUUCUACUUCUGGUUCAACACUGCCUUUAUUGAAGAUCAUAAAUUACGAAUGGGCCGAAGUGAACUUGAUAAUCCUCACAAAAAGAAAGUCUUUCAUGUAUUCAGGGAGAACUUUGCCAUUGAAGUAAACUUUGAAGAUGUUAAUCCUGAUUUCCAAUGAGUUCCACCAUUGAUGUUUACUAAUUACACUACGACUGAACAUCUACACCAGAUGAAGGCCCAAGAGAGAUCUACACACGUUUGGAAAGCCUCAUCUGUGCUCUACACCAUUUUAUUAGCAGACCCCAAGUAAAAUCUACACCAGUUGAUGUCCCUUUAAGAGAAGUUUCUGUGUUUGUUUAUGUUUGUCCAAACCUUGUGACUGUUCAUUCAGACUGAGACAUCAAACGUGACUGCUCAUUCAGACUGAGACAUCAAACGUGACUGCUCAUUCAGACUGAGACAUCAAACGUGACUGCUCAUUCAGACUGAGACAUCAAACGUGACUGCUCAUUCAGACUGAGACAUCAAACGUGACUGCUCAUUCAGACUGAGACAUCAAACGUGACUGCUCAUUCAGACUGAGACAUCAAACGUGACUGCUCAUUCAGACUGAGACAUCGUAUGUCUCUCUGUAGACAUUCAGAUACAUAAGACGUGCAUCCUCACGCAACAGAGAGAAUUAAGUUCAUGAUCAUCUUCUGACAUAAUUUAAUUGGCUUGACAGAAGUGUGAUUUUAUUUUGAUAUUAAUACAGAAAUGUUUGUUUAGUUUAAACAAGACUGCCUCCGUGGUCUAGUGGAAGAGCGUCCGCCCGGAGAGCGGAAGGUCUGGUGUUUGAUCCCCGGCCGUGUCAUA